AUGGCAAUGGCAGAAUAUGAGCGUGAAUUACUUCUUGUGAGCAAGACGCGAUUGAGAUCUUUGGCCGAUAAAAAAGUGAGAAAUGUCGUGGACAUAUUUUUCAGUGUCACGGAUUCGUAUGGAUAUAUCUAUCUUGCUAUAGCUAGAGGUAUUACCACUAGAUUGGCAUAG